AUCCCCAAACUGGGGAAGGGUGAGCGAAUCGCUGAGGCCAGCGGGCCGGGCGGGCGUCCUCGGCCACGAUGAGCUGCACGAUCGAGAAGAUCCUGACGGACGCCAAGACGCUGCUGGAGCGGCUGCGCGAGCACGAUGCGGCGGCCGAGUCGCUGGUGGACCAGUCGGCCGCGCUGCACCGGCGGGUGGCGGCGAUGCGGGAGGCGGGCGCCGUGCUGCCCGAGCAGUAUCAAGAGGAUGCACCCGAUGUGAAGGACAUGUCUAAAUAUAAACCCCACAUUCUGCUGUCUCAAGAGAAUACCCAGAUUAGAGACUUGCAGCAAGAAAACAGAGAGCUGUGGGUUUCCUUGGAGGAGCACCAGGAUGCUUUGGAACUCAUCAUGAGCAAGUACCGGAAACAGAUGUUACAGUUAAUGGUUGCGAAAAAAGCAGUGGACACGGAACCAGUCCUGAAGGCUCGCCAGUCUCACUCUGCAGAAAUAGAAAGUCAGAUUGAUCGAAUCUGUGAAAUGGGAGAAGUGAUGAGGAAAGCCGUUCAGGUGGAUGACAAUCAGUUUUAUAAGAUUCAGGAAAAACUAGCUCAACUAGAGCUUGAAAAUAAGGAACUUCGGGAGUUAUUGUCCGUUAGCAGCGAGUCUCUUCAGGUUGGAAAGGAAAACUCUGUGGACCCUGCUUCCCAGCCCAUCGAAUAACUGGACUUCUGGAUGCUGGCUACAGAAGGCCCUUCACGGAGAGAAGUGACUACCUCUCCAUAAGACACGUCCUUUCAAGUGUCACAGACUUGAGUUAGUGUUGAUGAGAGGUAUGAGAUGGCAAUUCAGAAUCGCCACCUCCUAAUCAUUGUCCACAAAACAGUUUGGGGUGUGUUAGUAAAAGUAGACACGUCUCACCAUUCCUUUGUCAGAGACUACGUUCAGUUUUCACUCUGGGACCUGAAUUUAUAUAAACUGCUGUUUUAAGUUCAUUUGGAUUUUCACAUCUCUGAAACUCCAAACAUUUUAUUAUAAGCCAGUGAUUUUAUUUUAUAUAGGAUUAUAAAAUUGACUUCUAAGAAUUUUUUAAGAGGUUGAACUUUUUAAAGGAAAAUGUUUGGUGUAAACCUGGAUUUUUUUUUCCCCCACUUGCAAAAGUAACGUGAUUCACAGAAGCAGAGCCUCUGAGUCCCGUCACUCAUCUGUGGAGUUUGGAUUCUCUCUGGUGCUAGGCGUUGACACUUCGUGGUCAGGUGUCUGUUCUCUUAAUUGAGAGGAUCUGUUACUAGUCCCGGGGAAAUAGAGUUGACAACCAGUGACCUGGGUUUGGGUUGUUCUCCUCCCCACAAGGAUUGCAGUCAUUCAAAGAGUGCCCAGGAACUUGGACCUGCCCCAUCUUGUACAGUUCCACGUGAGCACUUGCUUUAAAUGCCACUUGAUUUAAAAGCUUUUAUUUAUUUGAUCCAGCAAUCAACUUGCCUUUUGUUUGACUGGGCAGUCUUCAGCUUAGGUAGUUGGCCAACUGUGAAGAACAUGUCAUAGAUUUCCCACAUCACAGUUUGUAGGCACUGUGUCCCACUAUUUGAUUGGUACAUCGCUGUGAUGGUGAAGGAUGGCCCUGCCUGGAUGGCUUAUCACAGGCAGUGGUAGUCUGCGGUCUAAGAUCUAUUUGACUUUUACAUGGAAGCACUGUAUCUCCCACAGAAAGGACUAUAUUCCUGAUGCCAUGCAGGCAAUUGGGAACAAACUGAGAUUCGGGUGCAGAGAGCGUCUACUAGUCACUUUGUCAGCCUCCCCUGCCCUCCCUAGUUUACUAAAAUUUAUAAAGAAUUCCCUUCACACUAUUUGUUUGCCCAAAAUGGCUGAAAAAAAUCUUAACCCUGUCAGUAUUUGCCAAUACUAAGCACCAUAACACAUGAGAAAGAUGAUAUUAAGAAAGAUCUAGUGUUUUAUAUGUCGGAAAACAUCUUUUGUAUGGUCCAAAGAACUAAUUCGAGCUGAAGCAAUAAAAUCUAUCCAGAAUGUUCUGAGUCCAUCUGAUCCCAUUAAUUCUUACGGACUUUAAUUAGAGUAGUGGACAACUCCAGCCAUUUGCCUUGAAGUAUCCCCUAAGUGCCCAAAGUGUACUCCACAAGCCCAUCAGGAACAAGUGUUCUUUACUGCUUGUCAGCUGUCGGUCAAGUCUCAUGAAAAUGGCAGUGUUACCAGAUAGUCUGUUUCAGCAAUGUACACAGGAGCCCUUCAUCUGCCUUAUGUUCCCUCUUUCCAUCUUAGCCACCAGAAGAACCUCUCCCUCUUGGUCCUGGGGAUAUACUGAGCUUUCAGUGCCCCGUGUCAUAUAAAUUAUGCCUGGUGUUAAUGCUGUGAAGGUAAUAUAGAGCUGUGUGUUGAAUGGAGAAGGAGUGCCUUCACUUGUGUGAAGAUGUUAAUGUCUCUUGCAGUAGAUGGAAGAAUUUAGUGUGUGAAAUUUUAAUAUGAAAUUAUCUUUGCUAAUAAAAACCUCUAUGGGGAAGAUGUGCUAA